AUGGUUCGUUAUGUGCAACGCCCGUGGUUCUCGCCGCUCGGCUUCAUGGCGUCAAGCCCAACCGCCUACGCGCCGAUGAUUGCGUGUAUCGCCCUCGCCGCCAUCUUCCCGUUUCGCUACCAUAUCUCCGAGUACUUUGAGCGCCAGAGCGAUGGUUCGCACGUGGAGCUGCGCCGCAGAGCUGUCAAGUACUACGCUGAGAUGGAGCGGAUGCACCGUCGGCAGGCGCUGGUGAACCUAGAAAGUAUCCAAGACGACAACGCACCGCACCGCCUCAGUGCGGUGCUGUCGGUGGAGUCAAUCCAGGCAGGCAGCCUAGAUCAGGAGUACAACUACUGGUACGCCCACGAGCGUGACGCGAUCCGGGCGGAGAAGCUGAUAAUGGAGAUACGGGAGCUGAAGGCGAAGAUGGCUGCCGAAGGUGCGUGA